GAUCACUUUGGUGACUAGCUGACUUCAGAGUCAUCGCUCGCGCGAAAUUUCUUCCGUGCUCUCUGCCUUCUUCUUCACGGAACUUCUGCAAAUACCGAAGACCAUUCUUAUUGUUUCUCAGCAUCCAUGCAAGCAAUACAGAUGGCCUGGAUUUCAGUUUUUGACAUCUGUAACUAAAACCGUGUCAAAAUAACGAGUUGGGCUCUUUCUAUUGGAGUUCUAAUUGGCCGCAGGAAUGGAUUCCAGGCGAAAUAAUUUUAUGAGGUUUCAAAGUUGGAGUUCGGAGAAAUCUUCCAGUUUUGAGCAUCAACAUUCCACGAACGAUCGAAAAAAUGCAAGAAACAGUUCUAGACCCACAUUUGGCAGAGUUUUUAAGAAGACUAAAAUCUUUGACCUGUUGUGCUUCUAACCUGUCCGAAAAUCACACAAAAUAAUUUUAAAGUGGUUCAGCAACUUGCCUACAUCCACUGGAGCCUCUUUUAUAGAAUUUGUACAAGAUUUACAAAAAAUCUUCAAAUUCUCAAUUUUCCCUCACGUCCCUCUUUCUUUCUCCUCUCCCACUGCCCUUGAUCUCUCACCUUAGUGAGGAUAGUUUUCUGCACACUUAAGCUCUCCUAUUUAUAGGAGAGCAGGUCACUACGUUGCAGCAAUUUGCUGCAUGAUUCUUGGGGAGGUGCCUAACAAUACAAAAGCACCGAACGGUGCCUAACAUGCCAAAUUUGAGAACGGUGCAUGUGCAGCAACUAUACACCACCUGCACUCACACUUGGGUUGACUCAACAUGACCCUCAGGAUCAAUUUGUUCAAACAUGGAACAAAAUAUUUGUGCUUUCUUGUGUGGUAUCAGUGGCUUUGGACCCACUCUUCUUUUACACCCCAGUUUUGAAGGUGUAUGAGGAGGAGCAAUGCUUAAGCUUUGGAUCGGACAAAACUCUGGAGAUUAUUGCUUCUGUUCUUCGUUCAGUCACAGAUGCUUUUUAUGCAAUACAUAUAUACUUUCAGUUUCGAACUGGGAUUAUCCCACCUUCAUCUCGUCAUCAUGUGUUUGGAUGGGGAGAGUUGAUUGUUGAUCCUAAGGCAAUCGCAAAGAGAUAUCUGUCCACAUACUUCAUUAUCGACAUUCUGGCAAUCCUUCCCUGCCCACAGGUGGUAGUACUUUUAGCGUCGAAAAAGGAAACGCCAAUGGUGACGAAGGAAUUGUUGAAGUUAGUAAUCUUCUCCCAAUAUGUGCCGAGGCUUUUACGGAUCUACCCGCAAUAUGUAGAAGUAAUUAGGACCUCUGGCAUUCUGAUUCGGACAGCAUGGACUGGAGCUGCUUAUAAUCUUUUCCUCUACAUGCUAGCUAGUCACGUAGUUGGAGCCUUUUGGUACUUGUUUGGCACAGAAAGACAGGCUUCCUGCUGGAAAAAAAUGUGCAGUAACAUUACAGGUUGUCCAGAUAAAGGUUUUUACUGCCGUGAUGAUAACCAGAGUAGUGAACGUGGCUAUUUGCAUAAUAUUAGUCGGUUUUGCCGUAUUGUCGAACCAUAUGAUCAGAAGGGAAACUCAACUAAUGAGGCCUUCGACUAUGGAAUAUUUACUAAAGUUUUGAAGUCUGGAGUGGUGGAAUCAAAAAACUUUUUAGACAAAUCUUCUUACUGCUUUUGGUGGGGAUUGCGUAGUCUGAGUUCUCUUGGCCAAAACUUGGAUACAAGUACAUAUUUCUGGGAGAUAGUCUUUGCUGUUUCCAUAGCCAUCGCUGGGUUGGUCUUAUUCUCAUUACUUAUAGGCAAUAUGCAGAAAUAUCUGCAAUCCCUGCAAUCCACAAUAGUGAAAAUAGAAGAAAUGAGAAAAAGGAAGACUGAUGUUGAACAGUGGGAACAGUGGAUGUCCCAACGUAUGCUCCCUGAAAACUUAAGGAAGCGGGUUAGACGAUAUGAACAGUACAAGUGGCUAGAAACAAGAGGUGUGGAUGAAGAGAAUCUCUUCCGUAACCUUCCUAAGGAUCUCAGAAGGGACAUAAAGCGCUAUCUUUGCCUUGAUCUUCUUAAGAAGGUACCCAUGUUCGCAAAGAUGGAUCAACAACUAUGGGAUCCGCUGGUUGAUCGUCUCAAGCCAGUACUUUACACACAAUUCAGCUACAUUGUUCGUGAAGGGGAUCCAGUGGACGAGAUGCUCUUUAUCAUGCGAGGAAAUCUAACCACUUUCACUACCAAUGGUGGAAUAAUUGGUUUUUUCAACACUGCUAUUCUUAAAGCCGGUGACUUUUGUGGAGAAGAGCUUCUUACUUGGGUCCUAUUUGACCAGUCCUCGACCACAUUCCCCCUUUCAACAAGAACAGUGAAGGUAAAUACAGAGGUUCAAGCCUUUGCUCUAAUGGCGGAGGAUUUGAAGACUGUGGCUUCUCAGUUUCUGAAACUUCACACCAAGGAGUUGCAGAACACUUUCAAGUUCUACUCCCAACAAUGGAGAACAUGGGCGGCCUGUUUUAUCCAAUCAGCUUGGCAUUGCUACUCUAAGAAGAAACAUGAGAGGACUUUGCGUGAUGCUGAAAAUAGACUGCAAUUUUCUUUGGCAAAUGAAGCUGGGACCUCGGCAAGUCUCGGUGCAACUAUUUAUGCAUUAUGGUUUGCUGCCCAUUUACUUCGAGCCUUGCGACGACCAAACGGUGGACGCACCAGUACCAGAGCGCCACAAAGAGUGCCAGAGCUAAUGCCACCGAAGCCUGCUGAGCCAGAUUUCAGUGCUAAUCAAGGUUAAUAAUUAGUAGUAUAUAUGGCAUUUGAAGUGAUUAUCACGCAAGUUUAGUUUUCACGAACCUUGUUCAUGCGCAAGCGUUUUCUAUAUAUGGGCCGUAUGUGGUGUGUAACAUGUACUAAGGAAACUUCCAUCUUUAAAUUUUACAGCCAUGUGUUCAGGUUUCUAUAA